AGGGAGUAAUAUUUUGCAGCUACUACAUAUAGUAGUCACUCACAUAGAUAAGAAUCUACUAGUAAUAAAUAACAUCACACACACUAUCAGCUAGCAGCUGUUCACUCAAUUAGUAAUCACUUAAAAUUGCAUAAAUUUAUAAAUAUAUGGAAAAUUAUUACACCUACUCGGACCAAGCUCAAGAUCCAUCUCCAAGCCCACUUGACGAAUCUUCGUCCACCACAGAGAGCAAAGACAAUUGCGACGGCGCCGACAGUGAAUAUGAAGUGUUGCUAGCUACUAGUACUCCGAAGAAACCCUCCGGGAGGAAGAAAUUUCGCGAGACGCGCCACCCUGUUUACAGAGGAAUAAGGCGCCGAGAUUCAGGAAAGUGGGUUUGCGAGGUUAGAGAGCCUAUCAACAACUCUCGAAUUUGGCUGGGAACUUAUCCCACUGCUGAAAUGGCUGCUCGGGCUAAUGACGUUGCAGUGAUUGCACUUAGAGGUCGCAAUGCCUGCCUUAACUUCGCUGACUCUGCGUGGAGGUUGCCACUUCCGGAGUCAUCAGAUGUUAAGCACAUUCAAGUAGCUGCGGCCAAGGCAGCCGAGGCCUUUAGGCCACCGAAAGAUGAAAAUGCCGCGGGCACCAGCACGGAACAGACCCCGGAACUGCAGGAAGAUUACAUAGACGAGGAGGCGAUAUUUAGCAUGCCAGAACUGAUUAACAGUAUGGCCGAAGGGAUGAUGCUUCCACCCCCACAAUGUGUGCAAAAUGAUGGGGAUGGUGACCUGGAAGAUGCUACUGACCUGUCAUUAUGGAAUUAUUGAUUUUGAUUUACAACUAGCUAUAGCACUCGUUUUUGAUUGGAUCGAUGUGCCAACUGCCCCCAGUGACAAUAAUGGUAAAAUUAUAGUAAUGAUAUUCCAUCUAUAUCUGUGAUGUUUAGCUGAAUAAAAUUUGGUCUGCCCAAAUAUGGUCUGUCCGUACCGAAUACUUUUUCUGGGGCGAAAUCCGAGUGAUCACAAUUCACAAGGGAGUGGUAUUGGUCAAACAAAUCAGAAAAAGACCAGAUUCGGGUUUUUCUCUUUAAAGAAGCAGAAUUUGGGUGGCCUUUAUCUCUUCAUCAAACAUUGGCGUACAGAUUUGUCAGAAAGCAACUCUCGGAUGCCCUCCUCAGAAUAGUUUGCUCACAAGUCUACAGCAACCUGGAUCCGUUGUCACGAAGAUAGGAACCAACUUUCUUUUCCGCAAAAUCAAUUCAGUGCUUGACGGUAUUUUCUUAUUGAUGAAUUAUAUAUUUGCUCA